UAUAGAUUGCAGACGGAGAAGUCCUGGGGUUGGCUGGAUUGUGAUAACGACAGAUGUCCAGAAAACUGCGAGAGGGGGCACUCCUCCGGUACCGCGUACUGCACCUCAGAGAGUAGGAGCGAGGGGCGGAAUCUGCAGCUGUCACUCCGAAGGCUUACCUCCAUUAUCACAUCCAUCCGGAGACUGGACAAGAAGCGCAACUGAUUUUACCCAGCAAAAACCACAGGAGUCACCAUGGGAGGCAAACUGAGCAAGAAGAAGAAAGGAUAUGAUGUAAGCGACCCCAAGGACAAAAAAGAAGAGACCCUGGCAAAUGGUGCUGGUGCAGAAGAGUAUGCUAAAGUGGAAGAUGGAGCUCCACCCACAAGAGCUGAGGGAACUGCUGGGAAAGAUGAUGGGGUUGAGGAAACUGCAGUGUCAGCAGAUGCCGCAGUAACUGAGGCUGCGGUACCUCCAGAAGAACCAAAAUCUGCACCCUCAGAGGAACAAGCUCCUGCGACUGAAGAGAAGGCUGCUCCAGAACAAAAACCAGAAGCAGCUCCAGUAAAAGAAGAGCCAGCUGCUGUGGCAGUGGAAAUAACUCCAGCUAUCGAGGUACCAGUUGCAGCAGCAGAGAAAAAAGCACUUGAAGGAGAGGAAAAAGGAGCAGCACCAGACAAAGCAUCUCUAGUGGCUGAAAAAGCUCCAGAAGAGCCAAAAUCUGCUCCACCUGAGGAACUAGUAGCUACAGAGCUGAAAUUAACAUCAGUGGAAGUAAUUCCAGUAGAAAAAGUACCAGCUGUAGUACAGGAGAAACAAACUCCUGUAGAAGAACCAGCAGCACCGACUGAAGAAGCACUUUUGGCAGAACAAGAGCCAGUUGUAGCAACAGAGAAACCAGGACCUAAACUAGAGGAGCCAGUUGCAGCUAAAGCUGCUCCAGCGGUGAAAACAGAGAUGCCACCAGUGGCUACAGAGGAAUCUUCUCCUCCACCAUUUGAGGAACCUGUGCAAGCUGAUGCGACGACUGAAGAGCUCCAAGUGGAGGGACCUCUUAUCGCUGUAGAAUCUGUGCCAGAACCAGAUGCUGCUUCAGUCAGCACAGAGGCAGCAUCUGAGAAUCAACAGCCAGAGCCCAUCCAAGACAAUGUGAAUGAGCCAGAACCGAGCGUGGAAGAAACAGUAUCUGCUGCUACAGUGCCCGAGCUGGAACCAAAGGCUAAGCCAGCAGCAGAGCCACUGGCAGAGAUAGAAACCAAACCAGAGCAAACUUCAGAGGCAGAGCCUGAGCAAGACACAAUUCCAAAAACAGAGCCAGAGUCAGUGAAGGCACCCACACCAGAACCCGAAGCAGAACAAACAACAGAACUAGAGCCAGAACUUGAGCAAGACGCAGAAAAGCAACAGUUAGAGGAAACUGAACUCCAACCAACUUUGGUUGCACCUGACAUAGCUGAAGCUAAGACUGUUGAAGUAGAAUCAUCUGAGGCUUCGGAGGCUGUGGCAGAGAACACCUCUGCUGAAAAUCAUCAUGCAGAAGAAGAAUCUAUUACCAAAGAAGCCCAGGGGUCCGAUGAUGCAGUUGAGUCACAAGCUGCAGAACCUGUACCUGAGAUUGUCAUCUCACAGUCUGCCUCCAUUAACAACAUGAGUGCUGAAUCUGAUAAGGCUGCUGAAGCCUCUUUAGAAGAGGUGCCUGGCCUGGAGCCUGAGAUGGAAAGCAAGAUGGGAAAUGGAGAUUUAGGAAGCCCUUCCUCCAUGGAGAAUGAGGUUGAUGAAGUCACGGCAGUAAACGGGGAGUGCACCCAUAAUACUGAUGUCGUGGCCACACAUGCAGAAGAAUGUGUUAACGGAAAUGAAAAGUUAGAGGAGAGACCUGUUGAGGAGCAGGCAGAUUUUGAACUGAAAAAGGACGUGAACCUGUGUGGGGACGUCCAGGAAGUUCCUGACACAGUCUCAGGCAUGGUAGAGGGUCUCGGCACUGAGGUCACCCAGGCGGUCUAAAAUUAAGCCUUCUGUCAAGUCACUGUGAGUCAGUUCAGUCGCUCGAUGGUGAAAGAAAACCAUCAAGGAAUCACGGACAGCUAUGCUUUCUGAAACGCUUCAACCAUUGAGCAGUUCUUAUAGGGAACUCAGGAAAAAAUCUUUUUUCCUUCUGGGUGGCCAAAAGUGAAACACCACCACUUGAUAACAACCAUGCUGCAAGAAAGACGGAAGUGCUACAAAAACACAUGAGAUGGUGAUUGUGGUGCAGACAGAGAGUGGAGCUGGACAGCUUAACAUAAAAACAAACAAAAUAUGGUAUUAAUGAAUGUAUAAAUUUGUGUGUUUGAGGCUGAUAAAUACUACAAACUGGGUCAUUGAAAAUAAAAAGCAUUCAUUAGUAGCAUAUUCUUCAAUUCAGACUUUCAUAUAUCCUUUCUUUUGCUUUAUGAAGCAACAUAACAUAAAUGUCUUGGCCUUUUUUAAUAAUUGUACUUGUAAGGACUGUUCAUUUUAAAAUGAUUGUUCAGAAUAGAAAAUAAAAAGAGAUUGUUGUCCACAGUGA